GCGAGUGGAAAGUCGACAGAGAAUUUUCGAGGGAUGUGAAAAAGUUCGAAUUGCAUUAGAACCACGUUCGCGGAUAAAAAACGAAAAAUAUUUCGGCGCGCACGACAUCGGUGAAUCGUUUUUCGUCGGUGCUCCUUCGAUUCGCGUCAAUCGAUGCACGAAAUUGAAUUCGGAACACGCGCUCGAGCCUUCGAACGACGGUGACUCGCAGGCCAAUUGCGCGUUUCGUGAAUGGAUCGCCGAAACUUCUUUGCUUUGAGCCAAUUCUAGGGCGAGGCAUUAUGGGGCACUGACCAACUUUAAACACGAACGUUUUUACUCGCGAGAAAAUUUAUCGGGUGCAGCAGUUGCGAGCGAGAAACCGACCUAGUCGGACCGACUAUUUUCGAGAAUCGUCUCCAGGGAAAACGAUAUCGAGAUGAGUUCCGAUCGUAAAAAGUUUCUGACAGCGAUGUGUUUGCUCGCGGCGACUCUGGCCGGAGUCAAUGGAGAAGAGCCGCGAAUAUCUCGGUCCAUUAACCCGCCGACUGUUCGGAGCUCCCGCUUAAAUACUCUCCACUUCGAAGAUCGAGAUCGCUAUCAAUACUCAAGACCGAAUUAUUUGACUCAACGAGCCAGCCGCGAAAGCUCGGUCGACGAUGAAAGCCUCCGAAAAAUCCACGACGACGAAGAACAACUGUUCAAUGUUAUAACUUCGAAAGACUACAGAGUUUCGACUCCAUCAGAAAUUGCAAACUUCGAUCGUAUCGGUGACCAAAUGAUCACCAGAGCCAAUUUAACCGAAGACGCCAAGAGAGUCGUGAGACAGGUCAAAAGACAGAGGCCAGGAUUGUUUUGGACACUUGCCCGAGUCGCUUUCGAAACGGUGAAUGAGACGAGAUCAGCGAUCGAGCAGAUAAGCGCCCUCGUCUUGGAGAACAUCGUGCCGGAAACGACGACUGUGCGAGGGGGCACAGGUCGUGGCCUCGGCGCCGAAGGAGCAGCUACCCAGCCGACGACGACGACGACGACAACGACGACGACGAGCGAGGGACCUUCGUCGGAGGAAGCUGAGGAAGAGCCUUUCAAGUUGUCCCCGAGCGAGCUUCAAACCCUCAUACGAAGGAACGUCCGAGGACUCGUCCGUUUGUUCAACAUCGAAUGGCGCGAUGCCUUGAACCAAUCCCAGACGACUGUCCAAGAGUUCCGGAAAGAACUGAGCAACCGGAUAAGUCCAUUCCUUCGAGACAAUCCAGACGUUGUCUGACCCAAGAAGCACCGAAAAAUACGAUAUCACAUUUGUAUAUAAAAUCAAACGAAACGUUGUACAUAAAAAUAUUUCCAUAUGCACAGAGAAAAAGAAUUGAGAUCAUUUUUAGGUAGCACGUCUAAAUAUCACAGUCAAAAUAUCACACGAAAAAAUAUCACGGACAAUAUAUCACCACGACAAAAUAUCACACGUCAAAAGAUCACGCACACAAAAUAUCACACGUCAAAAGAUCACGCACACAAAAUGUCACAAGACCACAAAUAAUUGUGACAAAAUAUAUCGCAUCGAUAUAGUAUAUAGAGGCAAAUCUCGAAUAUAUCACGGAUUAGUCGAAGCUCAAUGUUUGUUUGUGUGGUGAUGUAUGUGAUUGUCUGUUUAGGUUUGUUUGUGUAUAAGUAUUGUUUGGGUUUGUUUGGGUAGGGAUGCAUGUGUUUGUCUGCUUUGGUUUGUUUGUGUAAGGAUGUAUGUGUUUGUCUGUUCGGGUUUGUUUUUGUAAGGAUGUAUGUAUUUGUUUGUUUGGGUUUGUUUGUGUAGAGAUGUAUAUGUUUAUCUGUUUCAGUUAGUUUAUGUGGGGAUAUACUGUGGGUUUGUUUGAAACCCAAAACAAUUUAAUUGAAACCUUUAAUAAUUUAAUGGUGAUAAACUGUCCGUGUGAUAUUUUGUCGAUGUGAUAUUUUGUAGUGUGAUUUCUUGUCGGUGUGAUAUUUUGACCGCGUGAUAUAUUUUGUCGUGUGAUUUUUUGUCGGUGAUAUUUUGUCAGUGUUUUUUUGUCGUGUGAUUUACAGUCAUGGAACCCAUUUUUAUUAUUCAUAAUAAAAGUGACAGAAGCGCGAAUAUGAUUUUGUCUGUGCAUCUACCGAUAUUUUGAUACCGAUUUUGCCAAUGAAUUGAUUCAGACUUUGUCGUGGAACAACCGGAUUCGUUGAGCUCUCUAUUAAGCUUUAAAGCGGAUCGAAAAAGUCGCGUUGAUUUAUCUAUUUGCGAAAUGUGUACGCACAGUGACCUUUUGAAUUUGUUUACACGACACGAGUGAUCCAAGCUCUUGCGCAAUGUCUCUAGUGCGAGUCUCGAGACUCGCAAAAUAUAUAAUACAAACGUAUGCGUCA